CACCAAGCAAAAGACAACCCACAAACAUACCCCCACUACAACUACCACCACCACCCUUCUCUCCAGCCACCAGCCAAAGAGAACCAAAACAAUGGAUUCUUUCAACCCUCUCUCCUCCUCCUCCUCCUCCUUCUCCUCCUACACUGAUUCCUCCCCUGAACCCACCCCCUUCUCUGCCAUGCUUGACAUCUACGUCCACCAAGCUCGCAACAUCCACAACAUCUGCAUCUACGCUAACCAAGACGUCUACGCCAAGUUCUCCCUCACCUGCUCCCCUGACGACACUCUCUCCACUCAAAUCAUCAAAGGUGGUGGCCAGAACCCUGACUUCAACGAGCUCCUCCACCUCCCUAUCCCCCACCGUGACGCCGUCCUCAAGUGCGAAAUCUGGAUGCUCAGCCGUGCCCGCAACUACCUCGACGACCAGCUCCUCGGCUUCACUCUUGUCCCUCUCUCCCUUCUCCCUCUUUCUCAUCCCCAUCCCAAACUUACCCAAGACUUCACUCUCUCCUCCACUGACCUUUUCCACUCCCCUGCAGGCACUGUCCAACUCAGCCUGUCUCUUGACACUUGCUCACAACCUUCCUGCAACUCCUCAGUAUCCUUCCAAGACUCUGGUAUUUCCACUUCCACCAUCACCUCUGAGGUUGUUCUCUUGAAUCCUGAUGAGUAUAAAAGGAUUGAGUUCCCUGACAUUGGUGUUGCUAAAGAGAACCAGCUUAUGGUUUCUGAAUACUUUGGGAUGGCUCCUUAUUUCCUCCAUCUUGCUUCUUCCCCUCCUCCUCCUCCUCCUCCUCCUCAAUCAUUGGAUGACUAUGACAUGACUAAAAAUGAAGCUGCUGCUGCUGCUACUACUGAAGAGAGUUUUCAGCAUUCGUCUGCAACUAGUUUGAGUGAUGACAGGAAGAGUCAGGAAGAGUCAAACAAUGGGAAUGAAGAUGAUGAGCAUGACAAGGAGUGUGGGAAACAAGAGAGUGAGGAGUUGGCAUCAGUGUUUAAGUCUCCACUGGGGAAUAUCAAUUUUGAGGAAGAACAGAGUGUGAUGCAGCAGCAAAUUGUGGACAUGUACAUGAGGAGCAUGCAACAGUUUACAGAGUCUUUGGCAAAGAUGAAGCUUCCUAUGGAUCUUGAUAAUCCUAAAGUUGGAGAAGAUGGUGCAGAUGUGAUUCAGAGUGAGGAUAAGAGCAAGUUGGAGGCUUUAAACAAGAAGAAGAAGAAGAAGAAGGAUGGAUCAAGGGUGUUUUACGGGAGCAGAGCUUUCUUUUGAUCUUAAUUGCUAGUUAUUUUUCACUAAUCUUUAUUGUGUGUUGAUUCUUCUUGUGUGUUGUGUGCUGUUGUUCUUGUUCUGAUUUUUUUUUUUUGGCUCAAAAAUUGUUUGCUAAUUGCUAAUGCAAACUUGUGCGCAGAGAUAUUCUGAAACUGUUUCAUGUAAUGUAAUUACAGUGUUAAUUAUUUUAACUAAUCAAUGGAUUGUUUUUGUUU